AUGCGAAGCACAAACCCCUUCAAUGAUGAUCCUCCUUCCAUCAAUAAGAGAAUUUUUCAACUGUCUCUCUAUUCAUUGCUUCCCAUAUUCUUUCUUUGCUUAUACUUCAACCUUUUCUCCCUUACUCAUUCACCAACUCAGCUUCUUCAUUCUACCUCCAUUUUCACCUACAACUCAUCUGUUUCUUCUUCUCCUCCUUCAACUUCUUAUAUAGACAGGGACAUGGGUUAUGAUUAUGAGAAAUCAUGUGACUAUUCAAAUGGAGAUUGGGUAAGUGACAUGAGAGAAGCAUUAUACAAUGUGACAACAUGUGACACAAUCAAAGAGAGUGAGAAGUGCACCACCAAUGGAAGACCUGACUUAGGCUAUCUUUAUUGGAGAUGGAAACCAACUCACUGCAAUCUUCCAAGGUUUGAACCAAACACUUUCCUCAAACUCAUUCAAAACAAACACAUUGCUUUUGUUGGAGAUUCUUUGGCUAGGAACCAAUUAGAGUCACUUCUUUGCAUGUUAUCAACUACAUCAACACCUUAUCUUGUUUACCAAAAUGGUGAAGACAAAAAAUUUCGUCGGUGGCAUUUCCCUUCUCAUAAUGUAAACUUUUCUUUGUAUUGGUCCCCAUUUCUAGUGCAUGGUGUUGAAAGAUCAAAUGAAGGACAAUAUUAUAAUACAAUGUUUUUGGAUCUUGUGAAUGAGAGGUGGGCAAGGGUUAUUGAUCAAAUGGAUAUGAUUGUGAUAUCAACAGGGCGUUGGUUUUUGCUUCCUUCAAUUUACUAUGAGAAUGGUGUAGUUCUUGGUAGCUUGAAUUGUCCUGAGUUUAAUCAUACUCAAAUGGACUUUUAUGCUCCAUUGAGAAAGGCUUUGAGGACUACUCUUAAUAGUAUUAUUGAGAGGAAAGUUGCUAAAGGAAAUGGAAUUGAUGUGAUUGUGAAAACAUUUCCACCAGACCAUUUUGAAGGUGAUUGGAAUAAGGGUGGUAGUUGUUCAAAGACUAAGCCUUAUAGAAAAGAGGAAAAGGUAGUUGGAGGAAUGGAAGGUGAGAUUAGAAGGAUAGAGAUAGAAGAAGUGGAAAGUGCUAAGGUAAAAGCAAACCAAUUUGGAGGAAUUAGAUUUGAGGUUUUGGAUGUAACUAAAUUGGCACUAUUGAGACCAGAUGGCCAUCCGGGUCCUUAUAUGAAUCCUUUUCCAUUUGUAAAUGGAGUUCAAAAAUAUGUGCAAAAGGAUUGUGUGCAUUGGUGUUUGCCAGGACCUAUAGAUACUUGGAAUGAGAUAUUUUCAGAGGUGAUUAAGAAGUGGAGGGUAAAAUAUCCAUAG